AUGCUUAGCAAAGAAUUACUAAAAUCACGAAUUGAAAAGGCCAUAUUUGACCAAUGGAAGCAGGACGACUGUUGUUUUAUUUCAACAAAUGCGUGUAAAGAAGUAAAAAAAAUUAUUGAAAGCAGGAACCUGGUCAUUGUGGCUGGUCAUUCAGGAUCCGGAAAGUCGGCCAUUAUUCAACAUAUUGCACUCCAAUACAAAAAAAAGGGCUGGACCUUAAGACGAGUAAAAAAUGUAGAAGACAUCGUGAAUGAAUAUAAUUCAAGUCGAUUUCAAAAAGAUAAAACUAUUUGUGUUUUUAAUGAUCCAUUGGGAAAAGAAUAUUUUGAUGAAAUUUUGAAUAAUUCGUGGCAAACAAAUGAAGAGGAAUUAAAGUUGUACUUAAAAACAGCAAAACUCGUGAUGUCGAGUAGAAAUCACAUUAUUUCUGACACGAGAGUGACACGUUAUCUCGUGAACCCAUCAGAUAUUUUAAACAUCGAUGAUAACAAAAAUAAAUUAUCUGUUAAGGAAAAACGGCAGAUUUUGAAAAAAUAUACCUCCGAUAUUAAUAUUUCCGCCAAAGAUCGUCAUAAGAUCGUUGAAGUUGAAAGGUAUUUCCCGUUGUUGUGUAAAUUGUAUUCUAGCAAAGAGGAAUACAAAAAUAAGGGUAUAGAAUUUUUUACAGAACCUGUAACAGUGCUGAAAGAGGAAUUACUAGGGUUCAGAAAAAAAGACAAGGGUAAAUAUUGUGCUUUGACUCUUCUUGUCCUUUUUAACGAUGAUCUUUGUUUAAGUGAGUUAUUAAAAACUAAAGACACGGAAAACAAAUUUAAACAUACGUUAAAACUUUGUGGAUUACCAGAGAACACACCACCUUUAGAUAUUGAAGACAUUCUUAACUCCAUAAAAGGCUUUUAUGUCAAAAAAGUUGAUGAUACGUAUCAUUUUUAUCAUGAUUUUGUGAUGGAAGUAACAACUCAUGUAUUUGGAACAUAUUAUCCCACUGAAACAAUAAAAUACGCCGACAUCGGCUUUCUCAGAAGAAGGAUAAAAUUAGGAAAUAAUAACGAACACGACGAAUCGUUCACUAUCUAUUUAAGUGACAGAUACAUUGAAGAACUUGGAGAAAGACUUUUUACUGAGCUGUUUGGAGAACGCCUGUUAGAUGUCGUACUCAACCCCUGUCUCAGGAAUGAAAAAGUAAUUAAAGUACUGAACAAAAAGAUGGCAGAUCAUCCCGAUUAUCUACAAGCGUUGUUAGAAACCAAGAAAGUAACAAUUGAUAAAAAAGAACUUCACCGGACAUCUGAGAACUUAGUUUUGACUAAACUUUCCUUUUUGAAUUUAGAAAGCAAAAUAUCACCACUUUUUGCUCUCAUUACAUUUUGUCAUACACAACUAUCAAAUUAUUGCUUAAACAAUCUACAAGAAUUGCAGACUGAUUUUAUCGAAUACAUUCCUGCACUGUGUUGCAAUGGUUCAAUAGAAUUGUUUUCAUCUGGUUUUAAAGACAAUGCAGAAGGAUAUUUGAAAAAAACAUGGGGAACACUUUAUCCUAUUCACAUUGUAUCGGUGUUCCAUAAUUAUAAAUUAUUUGUUGAGUUGAUUAAGAGAGGCGUAAAAGUCAAUGAAAAGACUGACAGUUACGGUGGUUGUACGCCUCUUCUAUUAGCAGCUGGUUACAAUACUGAAAACGGGGACUAUAACCAUAGAGAAUCAGGUGCAGAACGAAGAGAUAAAACUGUACAACUUUUACUGAGUAAUGGAGCAGACAUUAAUUUAUGUAAUGAGGACGGAUACAGUCCUCUCUAUAUAGCUUGUCAAACCGGACAUGAUAGCACUGUACAACUUUUACUGAGUAAUGGAGCAGACAUUAAUUUAUGCAAGAAAAACGGAGCCGGUCCUCUCUAUAUAGCUUGUGAAAACGGACAUGAUAGCACUGUACAACUUUUACUGAGUAAUGGAGCAGACAUUAAUUUAUGCAACGGAAACGGUGCCAGUCCUCUCUAUAUAGCAUGUCAAAACGGACAUGAUAGCACUGUACAACUUUUACUGAGUAAUGGAGCAGACAUUAAUUUAUGUCUAAAGGACGGAACCAGUCCUCUCUAUAUAGCAUGUCAAAACGGACAUGAUAGCACUGUACAACUUUUACUGAGUAAUGGAGCAGACAUUAAUUUAUGCAACGGAAACGGUGCCAGUCCUCUCUAUAUAGCAUGUCAAAACGGACAUGAUAGCACUGUACAACUUUUACUGAGUAAUGGAGCAGACAUUAAUUUAUGUCUAAAGGACGGAACCAGUCCUCUCUAUAUAGCAUGUCAAAACGGACAUGAUAGCACUGUACAACUUUUACUGAGUAAUGGAGCAGACAUUCAGCUAUGCAGGGAGAACGGCUUAAGUCCUCUCUAUGCAGCUUGUUUUAACGGACAUGAUAGCACAGUGCAUCUUUUACUGAGUAAUGGAGCAGAUAUUAAUUUAUGCAACGGAAACGGUGCCAGUCCUCUCUAUGUAGCUUGUGAAAACGGACAUGAUAGCACUGUACAACUUUUACUGAGUAAUGGAGCAGACAUUAAUUUAUGUCUAAAGGACGGAACCAGUCCUCUCUAUAUAGCUUGUGCAUACGGACAUGAUAGCACUGUACAACUUUUACUGAGUAAUGGAGCAGACAUUCAGCUAUGCAGGGAGAACGGCUUAAGUCCUCUCUAUGCAGCUUGUUUUAACGGACAUGAUAGCACAGUGCAACUUUUACUGAGUAAUGGAGCAGACAUUAAUUUAUGCAACGGAAACGGUGCCAGUCCUCUCUAUGUAGCUUGUUUUAACGGACAUGAUAGCACUGUACAACUUUUACUGAGUAAUGGAGCAGACAUUCAGCUAUGCAGGGAGAACGGAUCAAGUCCUCUCUAUAUAGCUUGUUUUAACGGACAUGAUAGCACAGUACAACUUUUAUUGAAUAAUGGAGCAGACAUUAAUUUAUGUAAUGAGAACGGAAUCAGUCCUCUCUAUACAGCUUGUAAUAACGGACAGGAGAGCACUGUACAACUUUUAUUGAAUAAUGAAGCAGACAUUAAUUUAUGUAUGAAUGAUGGAGUCAGUAUAUUAUUUAUUGCUUUUGUUUUUAGACGUUACAAAAUUGUAAAUACUAUACUCAACAAUGGCGCAGACACUAGUCUGGCUUGCGGAUGGGAAGUUAAUCCCGCCCUGGUUGAUUGCUUUGAUAAACAAGAUAGCACAGUGGUAUUUUUGAUGCAGAGAGACAACAUUCAAAAUAAUUUGUACGACACAGAUUCAUAUUUUUCUCUUUUUGUAUCAUGUCAGGUGGAAAGAGUGACAAGAAUGAUAUUUAAAAAGUAG